AUGACGAUUAUAGCUGAAACACCUGAUAUUCCCGCCAUUAUCUCAAUACACGAAGUCACAAAUAUAUAUGAGUGUACACACACACGUACACAUAUAUGGGGACACACACACACAUACACAUACACAUACACACACACACACAUACACAUACAUACAAAAGCGCAAAUGCAUUUGUAUUUAUAA